GCGAGCAACCCCCGUAUUUCUCCCUGGAGCUUGGUGCGGUAGACGGGUUGCACGCGGUGCCACUGCGUCAGGACGGCGACCACCUGGCCGAGGUCCCUUUGUUUGGACGGUUCGUCCUCCGUUUCCUUCUGCUGCUCCAGGAGAGCGUCGGCCCACGUCCGGUAGGCAAUGGACAGGCUCGAGGGGGUCGAAACCUCCGAAAAGUCCUGGACGACCCUCCGGGCGUCGCGGACCGAGGCCGCGAACGACUCGCUCCUGGGGGGAAGCCCCUCCCCCUCGCUGCACGCGAGCUUCAGGUGGGCCCGGGCGCGCAGCGCGUGGGCAUGGGCGUUGGCGGCCGUGAGGGGGGAGAGGGAGGGGGAGGCCCCGACCUUGUCGAUGACGGACCCGAGGUACCGGAUCUGCUCCCGGUGGUUGCCCUCGGAAGCGAACCGCUCGCUCUGCUCGAUGACCUUGCUGGCGGCCACCAGCAGCUUGGGGACGGGGGGGAAGGAGGGCGACGCCGAGGAUAUUUCUCCCAGCUGGUAGGCGCACAUCUGGGCGUCGAUCAUUCCCUGGAGGAUCGUGGUCCCGUCCUUCGUUUUCACCUCCAGGUUCGGGCCCUUGUCGCAGUGGGAAAGGCACCCCGAUGCUUCCACGACGACCCUGGUUUCUGUUUCCCCGCCGGUGGUUCCCAAGAGGUUGUGGAUCGUUUGGAGGACGUCCCCCCUUGCCCUCUUGGAGCAGUGCUUGUUGGAGCACACCCGGACGACGUUGUAGGCGUCCGCUGUGCCGAGCCGAUCGGCGGCGAAGCGCAGAAACGCCGCGGUGGCGAGCAGAAAGGAGAUCUUCGGGAGCAUCUUGUGUUGCACGCGUUGGUUUUGGACGGUGCGUUUGUGCGUUCGGUGUGGCGGGGGUGGCCGAUUGUGUCGUGUUGUGUUGUGUUGUAUUGUGUUGUAUUGUGUUGUGCUGUGCGGUGCCGUAAUUCCGUGAGCCUGUUCCUUCGACUUUUUCUUCGCAAAAAUCUAAAACCGGAGAGUCGAAAGCGUUCGGCGUUCGGUGUUCUGCGUUCUUCCUCUUUUUCUCUACCGCACUUUUGAUGGGUGUCUCCGAUCCGGGGAGAGGAGGAACAAAAUAUCCUACCAUACGUACUUGUACUCGUACCAAAUGUUUUGGUGUCAGUCACCCAAACGAUGAUUUAACGCUUCAUGUCAAACAAAUAAGAAUGCAGCACUAUGAUUUCAGUAAUAAGUAGUACUACUGUAUUGCUGUGCUAUGUAAUGUACGUACGUACUGUAAGACUGUACUAUACGUACGUACCGUACAUUACAACACCGUAAUGAACAGACGAGACACGAGACGCACGUUUGAGUGAAAGUCGACAACGAACAAGAUUCAAAAAGUAUCAUGCCCUCUUCUGGUACUGUAUGGUACUACGUACCAUACAGUACGUACGGUACCGUACGAUGGUGCGUGCGGUCGAAUUUUCGAGCCUCCACCGAUGUUUUCAACGAAAGCACAGACAAGACGCUCGUGAGAUGCAUGCCGCAUGGGGUUGGUUGGUACGUAACGGUUGCGGUCCUUGCCACGGUCCUCCUACUAUUCUUUUUGAAACCACCAGCAAAGAACCGCACCGCACCGCACCACACCGCGGCGCAUUCACCAUCGGAUCUACUAGGCACCGGAUGCUUUGUCACGCCUCGCUGCUCUUUCUGGUUCUGUGGGUGGACGGAUGCCACCCCUUCCGGACCGAACCCGGUCGUCCUUCGUUCGGCACGCUGCUAGCGACAAAGAGGUCGCGGUUCGGCAGACGACCCACCAGCGGUGGUGGCGACGACACGGCACUCUUCGAGAACGCACGGAGGAUGGAGAUCUGGUGGGACGGACGCGGCGAAACACAGAUUCCACCAGCGAUCUCGCUCGACGAGCCGGGCGAGGCUGCGGACAGAUGGAUCGUGGACGGCGGUGCCCCGCCAAGCAUUUCUAGCGAAAGGGGGGCUGCCGGGGUGCUUCGAGCAAGAGGCGGUCGGCUGGAGGACCCCCGUGACCAGAGCGUCGUGGGAGCGGUGGUCGCUCUGAAGGAUUCUUCCGGCCAGGAGCAGGCCCUGGCGGCAAUCGGAUCCGUGGAGUGGAUCCUGGUGGAAGUGGAAUCCCAGGGGGAAUCCUGGCAGAUGAUUCCGGCCGAAAACCUGGUGGCCGCCGCCCGAUCGACGGGAACCAAGCUCGCCUUUGCGGUCGAGAAAGCCUCCGACGUGGCCGGGCUGGCAAAGGCCCUCGAGCUGGGCGUCGAUGCCCUCUGCAUCGCUGCAAAGAACAAGAACGGGGCAGACGACCCCCGCCUCUGGGAGACGGCCUUCCGGGCCCGCAGGGAGAGGAACGACGAAGCCGAGAGGGCGCGGCAAGACUCCCUUCCGCAGGGGUCGUCGGACCCAUCGAAACCGGCGCCCGAAAUCGUAGCGGGCUCGUGCUACCGCCGCGACACGAAGGGAACCGUGCUGGCGGACCGGGUGUGCGUCGAUCUCGUGCAACGCCUGGGUCCCGACGACGGCUGCUGGGUGGGGUCCUCCGCGAAAACCAUGGCACUGGUCCUGUCCGAGGCGGCGGCGUCCCGGUUUGUUCCCACCCGGCCCUUUCGCAUCAACGCGGGGCCCGUCCACUCGUAUAUUUUGCUGGGCGACGGGGUUUCUACGAAAUAUCUCUGCGAGCUGCAACCGUCGGAUGAGGUAACGGUGUACAACCUCCGGACAAAGCGCAGCAGGGCGGUCGCCGUCGGGCGACUGAAAGAAGAAGUACGGCCCUGCGUCCUGGUGGAGUUUCAGACGGAACACAAGGACGGACACGAGGACGGGGAUGGAGGGGGGUCGUCGCCGAUUGCCAGGGGCCAGACGUUCUUGCAGCAGGCCGAAACCGUUCGGUUGGGUCAGCCCUCCGGAAGGUUUUUGCGGGUGACCGACCUGGAGGCCCAGGGCGGGGGCAGCGCAACGAAUCCGAACAGAGAACCCCUCCUUCUGCGCGUCGUGACGACGGGGACCCAUGUCGGGAAGGCGUAUACCGGAAAAGUAGAAGAGCGAUGACGGCCUCGUGAUGGUGUGCGCUUGUAGAUUACUUGUAUAAAUCACGACGCAGCCA